AUGGCAGACUCAUCAAAGGUGCUGGAGACGAUGGCCUCGCAGCUCUCCGCAGUGGCUGCUGGCCUAGAGGCAUUACGAGUGCAAGGGGCGGCUCAGACGGCCGCAAACGCCGAGACGGCCGACAAGCUCGAGGAGAUGCAGCGGCGCAUCUCACAGCAUGAUGCCCUGCUCACAGGUGAUGGCCCUUCUGUGCUCUCCACAGCAGCGCCAGUGGCUCGACCCCAGGAUUGGGAGAUCCGAAUCCACGGAGAUGCAGGCCCCACACAGUCGGUGACCAGAGAGGAGUGCGCGGCAAUGAUCACGGAGGCCCUGCAGACGAAGGUGGGCCCCGCUCUCCAGGCAGCAUUCUCACAGGUCGGUGCCGAGCUUGUCCAACACGCCGAGAAGAUUAACACCCUGGAACACGAGGUACGCAUGCUAAAAAUCAGAACAGCAUGGACGGAGAAGGACCUGCUGUACUCACAGAUAGAGGCUGCAAAGAGAACCCUUGUGCUGAGAAAUUUCCCAGACUGGACCACAGCAGCAGACCGUGAGCUCACAGUGGCAGAAGCUCUGAAGGAGAACAACCUCGGUUACUUGGAGUGGGACCUCACAACCACGACCUUAGAGGGCACGGAUGGCAAGAAGUUUUUGGCUCCGAUUUCCAUCCUCACAGUCCCGACCUAUGCCGCUAGAAAGAAGGUCAUGGAGGUUUGCUCCCGUGCUGUGGUUCGCUACUGGCACGAGGUGAAGGACGAGGCCGGGAUCGAGCUAGACCAGAAUGACGCUGAGAAGAAGCAGUCGGACGAGGCGAAGACCGACUCGACUGAGAAAGUCUGGGAGAUCAAGACCUGGCACUGGAACCUUCCCAUCAAGAUGGCGCCAGGAAUCACCCAAUUCGAAAGGCGUCUCGGUGCUCCUUUGCACGGAUUAAUGAACUCCUAUCAGCGCCUCUUCGCGCGCUUCAAGAAGGAGUCCUUGGUGCCAAGGUGGAAGACCUUGAUUCUAGAGGACAAGGAGGGUGCUUGGCUAGGCCGUGUACUUUACAGUCGCAAGACCAGCAGCCUCACAGGAACCACGGGCACCGUGGCAGACUGGAAAUGCGAGGUCCAGCUUCCGGCGGAGCACAAAGACAAAAUCCUGGAGUGCUGGCGAGACAUUUGGUACGAUCAGCUAAAGCAGCAGAUCUCACAGACGGAUGUGGAACAAGAGGCAUUUUCCUCUGCCUCACAGAAGACUAGCCAGGACUAUGUGGCCGCAGCUCGCUUGAACCGCUUCCUCACCAAGGCCGUGCCAAGCUACAACGAGGGUGAGGAGCACGGGAUCGAGAACUGGGUGGCCCGCUUCAAGUUCGAGUACCCCUGGGAGCUCUCCUUCGUAGGCAUCUCACAGGAACACCCGGACCGGCAGUUCUUUCAGGAUCUCCGCCCAGUGGACCAGCUGAUGGAGGCAAUGUCCGCCGACCAGGCCAUGGAGACUGCAGUUGCCCCCGGCGAGACCCUCGCAACCUUUGCCUCGCAGGGCACCAAGAGGCAGCACUCUUCCGGCACGGAGGGCACCCUCGACAGCAUGGAGGCCGACUCCACCAAGGAGCCCCACUACCCCUUCAACUCACAGGAGGAGCUUGAACAGGAGGUGGAGAACGAGAAGAUCAGCCACAUCAACCGCGGCUACGACAUCUCCGGCUACUCCUCUUCGCAGUGGGAGGAGUGGGUCAAGGGCAAGAAGCUCAGGCAGAUGGGUUCGGAGGCUGCCCAGGCAGUCCUCACAGGCCUGCUGGAAGCAGCCAAGCUACACACCUUGAUACACAUUAUGCGUAAGCAUCGCCUUAGCUGGCUGGCGCUCACAGAGACGCACAUGAAGCAGCCUGAUCAAUUCAUGAUCGAAGGCUACACCAUUACCCACAGCGCCACAGAAGAGUACGACAGCAAAGGCAAGCCCACACAGACUUUCACAGGAGUCUCCCUCAUCACAGCCCCACACCUUACACCCACCAUCACAGAUCUCACCUGCGUCGACGGCAGAUUUCUUCGGUUCACCGUCGACACCGUCGAAGCUCCGCUCAGCAUCCUGGCGGUUUACGCCCCACACAACCAACGCGAACAGCAAUGCCGGGACCAGUUCUGGCAAGCACUCACCACACAGCUCUCCACUCACAGAGAACGCACCCCCCUUCUAGUGGUGGGAGACUUCAACGCACUAGCCUUAGACGAGCUCGCAGCCAUCCCUCACGCCACUGGCCCACAUUUCGUCCCAGGCAAAACUGCCGAGGAAGACGAGCCAGACGAUGCUGCAGAAGGCGACACCAACCAGCGACAGUUCCACGACCUCCUGGCCUCACAGGACUACUGCCUCCCACAGAGCUGGAUGCAAAAAGCACCUCGCAAUAGACACACCCACAAAAGACCCAACGGCGACCUCGUACAACUCGACCACGCCAUUAUACACAAAGACUGGCGCAACAUCAUCCACGACAUCCACACUCUUCCCGGCGCAGCACUCAACAGCAACCACUACUUGGUCAAAGUCGAGCUGCAGCUCCGCACCAAAGAGGCCAAACGCACAGCGGCGACCAAGGAAGCCAUUAGCGACCACAUCCCAACCACCGCGUCCUUCCCCAAACACCCCUGGAUCUCACAAGCUACUUGGCAGCUCAUACAGGCAAGCCCACCAGCCUCUCACAGCAAGCCCAAACCUUCGCAGAAUACCUGCGAACACUGGGCAGCUCCACCUACACCUUACACUGGCCCCACAGACCCAAUACACCCGGCAGCAGCAGUGGACCUCUCACCCAUCACCACAGCAGAGCUCAACGCAGCACUUAAAGAGCUGGCGCACAACAAAGCAGCAGGCCCCGACAGCAUUCCUGCUGAAGCAUGGCAGUGGUUAGACGACCAUAACCAAGAGGCUCUCUUGCGGGUCCUCAACCAAGCCCUGCUCACAGCCACCAUCCCGGAUGACUGGCACCAUGCUAUUGUAGUCGAAAUCUACAAAGGCAAAGGUCCCCUCACAGACCCUGCCAGCUACCGCCCCAUCUCACUUUUGAACACAUCCUACAAACUUUUCGCCAAGAUCAUUCACACCAGACUCCAAGCAGCCCUGGACGACAGACUCAGGGAAACCCAAUACGGGUUUAGGGCGACGCGCUCAACAUCCCAGCCUAUUCACAUCGUCCGCCGUCUCAUUGAACGUGCGGAGGCCACAGGACAAACACUUUACACCAUCUUUCUCGACUGGGAGAAAGCAUUCGACAAGAUACACCCGGACGCCCUCCACACAGCGUUGUCACGCUACGGCGUCCCACCACAUCUCACAGCCCUCAUCAACAACAUCUACACCUCACCACAAUUCACAGUGGCGGCGGCUGGGAAGCAAAGCACCAGGGAGGAAGCCAGCGCGGGCAUUCGUCAAGGAUGCCCGCUCUCACCAUACCUGUUUCUCAUAGUUCACGGUAUGGUUAUGCACGAUGUGGACCGGGAACUUACAGCUCACGGCGGGUCUCUUCCUUGGCUGUACAGCCAAAACCAGCCCUUCUACGACCUCGCUUAUGCGGACGACACAGCACUCAUCGCAAGCACAGCUCACAGAGCAGAACAGCUGCUCCACAUCCUGCAGCGGAUUGCGGCUCACAGCAACCUCCACCUGAACCUCAAGAAGUGCGU